AUUACAAACAGUGAAGUGCAUACGAAUGAACAGAAUAAAAAUAUUAGAUUAAAUCACUUCAUGAAUUUUUUAAUGUAUCCUGGUUAUUUAUAAUUAAUAUUUAAGCAUAACAUUGCAUAGUAAUUUUAUCAAAAUACUACUUAACAACCAUCUCCCAAUCAAAAAAUAUCCCAAAAAGUCUUUCCAAUAAUCGCGAGAUAUAGGUUAUUUUUUUGUCAAAAUUGAAAGUAUAAAUAUGAGAUGCAUUUAAAAUAUGUUCAGCAGUGCGUUUCUGCAACGGUUAUUGAGUACAAUUUACAUUAUUACGAGAAAACUGAAUUUAAUUAGAGACAAAAAUUACAUAAACGGAGAAUGGGUAUCUGCUGGGAGCAGCCAGCAAUUCGAUGUUUACAAUCCAGCAGACGGUAGUGUGAUAGGUAAAGUGCCCGAUGUAGAUGCUAAGGACGCCAAAAAAGCUGUAGCUGCUGCUGCUCGAGCUUUCGAAACGUGGAAAGAAAUCGUUCCCAAAAAAAGAACUAAGCUACUAAAAAAAUGGUUCAGCCUAUUGAACAAAUACAAGAAGGAAAUGGCUAAUAUCUUAACCCGAGAAUCGGGAAAACCCUUGCCGGAAUCGAUCGGCGAGGUAAUUUACGGCAACAGCUACUUAGAGUGGUUUUCCGAACAAAUACUUCAUAUACGAGGCGAAAUAAUCCCCAGCGAUUCCACCAGAAAGUUGCUAAUAGAACAUCAUCCCAUAGGCGUGGUGGUAAUAAUAACCCCUUGGAAUUUUCCCUAUUCGAUGAUAGCGAGGAAAAUGAGCGCAGCCCUAGCCGUGGGAUGCACUUGCGUCAUCAAACCCUCCGAGGAAACCCCGCUGGUAGCCCUAGCGAUGGCGAAAAUCGCCCAAAAAUCCGGCAUCCCCAAAGGAGUCAUCAACAUCAUUACUUGCAGCAAACGAAACGCCCCGAGCGUCGGUAAUCUGUUAUGCACGAGCCCUCUAGUAUCCGGGGUAUCUUUCACCGGGUCCACGCAAGUAGGAAAAAUUAUAUACAAGCAAUGCUCGAAGGGCGUGAAACGCCUAGCAUUAGAACUAGGCGGUAAUGCCCCGUUUAUAGUCUUCAACUCCGCUGAUGUUAACAGCGCCAUCGAUGGAGCCAUGGAGGCCAAAUUCAGGAACUGCGGCCAAACUUGCGUGGCAGCCAACAGAUUCCUGAUCCAAGACGGAGUGUUCGAAGAAUUCGUGUGCAAAAUGGUCAAAGAAGUCGAGCGAUUGAAGAUAGGAAAUGGGUUAAACGAAGGAGUCAACAUCGGGCCGUUGAUCAACGAGGCGCAUCUGAAGAAAGUUACCGAAUUGAUGGAAGACGCCCGAUGUAAGGGCGCUAAAUUACUAACAGGUGGCAAGCAGCUCGAGAAGCUGGGGAAGCUGUUUUUUCAACCAGCUGUCGUCACCGGUGUGAAGAACAACAUGCGGUUGUAUACUGAAGAAAUAUUCGGUCCGAUCGUUGGUGUUAUUAAAUUCGAAACGGAAGAGGAUUGUGUGAGAAUAUCGAACGGUACUAACUACGGUUUGGCGUCGUAUUUGUUUUCGAAAGAUGUGCAACAAAUAUUUAGGGUUGCUAGAAAGCUGGAAGCUGGAAUGGUGGGUGUUAAUGAAUGCAGAGCGUUCCCUGUGGAAACGCCUUUCGGCGGUAUCAAGGAAUCCGGAUUUGGUCGAGAGGGCUCUCACCACGGGGUUUUGGAAUACACCUAUAUAAAAUAUACUUGCCUGGGGGAUUUGUAAAUGUUGAUUAAGAUUAAUUAAUAGCUAUUAUUCAGAUUAAAUCUGAGAAUCUGUUGUUGCAAUGUGUGGUUAUUAAAGUGUAGACUAAUAAAUGCGCCUGAUAUGCAAAUGUCCAAGUCCAAGAUAUUUAUUGCUAUUUUCCGAAUAGGUUAAACGUUCAAUAUUGGAAUUUAGAGAGAAUUAUCAUUUUUC